CGGGCAUGUUCUUUCCGUUCCAGGGCCGCUCUCCUUCCCCCCUCUCUCUCCGCUCCUCGCCCUCCUCGUCGUGACGUUGUUUAGCGCGUACGCCGAGGCACGUAUCGCGUGUGUUUUGACGGCACGCCGCCAAUUGCUUCGAGCUCGAUUCAGAAGUGAGGUGUGCGCGUGUACCGCUGCGACCGUGGUUGGGCGUGCGCCGGAGAGCGUGGAAGAACGGCCGUGAAGCAUUCCCGAGUGCUAAGAUAUCCCCUCGUCGUACGCGAUCGCUCCGGCAGAGUGCAUGCUUUGUGCGGAGACCGUCCGCCAGUGAAGUUUGUCGCAAGCCGUCGUCGAGAGCGCCUAGAGGAAUACCCUGUGCCACAAUUCGCCCUCGGCCGUGACGGACGCACAUGGGGGCGCCAGUGUUCUUUCUUCUGGCAUUUGUGCCGUUCGCCGCGUGUCAAAGUGGCGGCGUGUAUACGAUCGUGGCGCCGCAAACUCUGCGACCGAACCUCAAGUACCAUGUGAGUGCUUCGCUGAGCCAGAGCCGGUCGCCUGUUGACAUGCUGGUCACCGUGUCGGGUCGCGCAGACAACGGCAACUUCAACUUUAUCAACAAGAGGGCCACGCUUCAGGACCGUGAGACUCAAGUCUUGAGUUUCGAGAUUGGCGACUGGGGCCCUGGAAAGUACAAAAUCACAGCGGAAGGCUCGGGCGGUCUGAACUUCCGAAAUGAAACUGACCUCACUUAUGAACACAAGAGUUACUCAGUUUUCAUGCAGACAGACAAAGCCAUCUACAAACCAGGGCAGAAAGUUUUGUUUCGUGUAAUUGUGGUGGAUCCGUAUCUGUUGCCCACCGUGACUGGUGGUAUGGAUGUAUACAUUGCUGAUGCCAAAGGCAACAGGAUUCAUCAGUGGGAUCGGGUAUUUACUCAGAGAGGAAUUUAUUCAUCUGAGCUUCAACUUUCUGAUCAACCUGUUCUUGGAGACUGGACUAUUAAUGUGGAUGUACUGGGUCAGAAAUUCAAGAAGAGUUUUACAGUUGCUGAAUAUGUGCUGCCCACAUUUGAGGUUAAGGUGGGCCUUCCUCCAUACGCCACUUACAAUAAGUCUGAAGUUGUUGCAACAGUUUCAGCUACGUAUACAUAUGGCAAGCCAGUGAAAGGCACUGUUACGUUGACAGUCACCCCUCGUACCCGAUACCACCAGCUGCAUCCAAGGCCUUAUGAGCAGUACCAGACAAAAACAUCAAUUGAUGGCAGUGUAGACAUACCUGUUGCAAUUGUACGGGACCUCUCCCUCAAGACUGACUUCUUUCUGCGGGAGAUCGAGUUCUUUGCUUUGGUGACAGAAGAGCUGACUGGCCGCAAGUACAAUGCAACCAGCUACAUCAUUGUCUAUGACAAGGAGAUAAAAGUUGAGCUUGUGAAAACUUCAGAAACCUUCAAACCAGGCCUCAAGUACACCUGCUUUCUCAAGGUAGCCUACCAGGAUGACAGCCCCGUGAAUGAUGCAGUGAACCAGCUGACACUGCACUAUGGCUUCAAUUUUAAUGAAGAGCUCUGGCAGAGCAGCCAGCAUUGGGUGCCACAAAAUGGCGUCAUACGGUUGGAGUUCUUCCCACCCAAUGAGAACAGCACUGUAAUUCUAGGUCUGCGGGCAGAGUUCAGGGGUCAGACAUAUUACCUGGAUGGCAUCUACCCAGCCAAGUCUCCUAGUCGCAGCUUCCUCCAGGCUGUCAUGAUCACUGAGGAGCCUAAAGUGGGUGACAUCGUUGAGUUUGAGGUCAAUGCAACUGACACCCUUGACCACAUUGUCUAUGAGGUAAUGGGCCGAGGAGACAUAGUGUAUGCACAAACGCUUCCUGUUUCUGGUGUGCGGAGCUACCGAUUCAGCUUUUCUGCCACAUUCCGCAUGGCUCCAAAGGCGCGAGUACUUGUCUACUAUGUCAGGAAGGAUGGUGAAGUUGUGGCUGAUGCUGUCAAUUAUGAUGUUGGAGGAAUUCUCCGUACACCUGUGCACGUGCAGACAAGCAUAGCUGAAACAAAGCCUGGUGGACAAUUGAAUGUCUUGGUGUCAACAAAACCUAAUGCCUACAUUGGUGUUCUUGGUGUUGACCAGAGUGUGUUGCUCCUUAAGAAGGGCAAUGAUUUGAGCCAAGAACAGGUUAUAGAAGAACUGGAAUCAUUUGAUAGUGGGAAGAAGGCAAAGUACUGGCCUCCAUGGUACAGACGGCGCAGGCGUUCUCUCUGGUGGCCAGGAUCAACAACUACACAUGACCUCUUUAAGGAUGCAGGCAUGGCUGUGCUUACAAAUGGCCUUGUGUACGAGUUUGACGAUGCCAUCUAUGCGAGGAAGCAAGUGAUUCGUCUAGACACAGAUGUCUUGACCAAUCCCGUCCUUCCACCGGCUGGGCUCCCUGAAGCACCACCUCAGGUGCCUGGUCGCAUUAGGCUACGGCAGCAGUACCCUGAAACUUGGCUUUGGACCAAUGCCACUGCCAGUCCUGAUGGUAGGGCUGUUAUUUCAAGUACUGUCCCUGACACCAUUACAUCAUGGGUAAUCAGUGCAUUUGCACUAGAUUCCCUUACUGGCCUUGGUAUUUCACCCUCUCAAGCAAAAGUGACUGUCUUCCGGCCAUUUUUUGUCACUGCCAGUUUGCCAUACUCUGUUCUUCGUGGAGAGUCUGUGGCAAUCCAAUGUGUAGUUUUCAAUUACAACAACAAGCCGGUUGAGGCGGAAGUGACAUUAGAGAAUCAACGUGGAGAGUUCGUCUUCAGUUCAUUGUCAAAUGAUGUCACAGGGGAAGAAGGAAAGGACAGGCGUUCCAAGAAAGUUACGGUGCCAGCUCAGGAUGGUGUACCUGUGUCUUUUCUGAUCACACCUCUUAAGCUGGGCUACAUUGACAUUCGGGUGUCAGCUACUUCAAGUCUGGCUGGUGAUGCCAUACUGAAGAAACUCCUUGUCAAGCCUGAAGGCUCAAAACAGCACUUCAACAAGGCCAUCCUAAUUGACAGAAGGAAUCCUUCAGCUCCUCCCACUGUGGCCAACAUCAGUAUUCCUGUUCCAAAGAAUGCAGUUCCUGGAUCUGAGAGGAUCAGUAUCUCUGCAAUUGGUGACCUUCUUGGCCCAAGCGUGAACAAUUUGGACCAGCUGCUGGUGAUGCCACAUGGCUGUGGAGAACAAAAUAUGUUGGAUUUUGUGCCAAACAUUGUUGUUCUCGACUACCUGAGCCGAGCCAAUCGGUUGUCGGAUGCUGUUCGGGGCAAAGCAAUACGCAACCUCGAGGAUGGCUACCAACGAGAGCUGACAUACAAGCGUGAUGACAAUUCGUUCAGUGCUUUUGGCAACACAGACAAGAGUGGCAGCACAUGGUUGACAGCAUUUGUGCUCAAGAGUUUUGCUCAGGCUUCACCAUACACAGUUAUUGACCCCAAAGUACUUGAAAAUGCCACUGCUUGGCUCGUGGCACGCCAGCAGGGUGACGGCUCAUUUAACGAACCUGGAGAAAUUAUCUACAAACCAAUGCAGAGUGGCGCUGGGAGUGGACCUGCAUUGACAGCUUAUGUCAUGAUUGCCCUCCUGGAAAACAAGGCGAAGCAGACACAUCCUGGCAUAAUCCAAGCAGCAGAGGCCUAUCUUCUGAAGGAGCUGCGAACAACCAAUGAUCCCUAUGUUGUGUCCUUGGUGACUUACGCUUUGCACCUAUCGGGGCACAGUGCACAGGACAGUGCUUUCCAGAAGCUUCUUUCUCUAUCAACGAGAGAAGAUGACACCAUCCAUUGGAAGGACCCGACCCUGGCUGUCAAUACCACAGAUAAGCAGUCUGACUAUUUCUUCAAGCCCAACUUCAAGGAUGUUGAGAUGACGGCAUAUGCUUUGCUUACCCUAACUGAAAGGGGUGACAUUGGCAAUGCCAUUCCUGUGAUGAGGUGGCUUGUUUCCCAGCAGAAUGAAAAUGGUGGCUACAGCUCUACUCAGGAUACAGUAAUAGGCAUUCAAGCGUUGGCACGAGUAGCAGCCAGAGUUGUGUCCCAGACAAUUGCUAUAGAUGCCAGUGUGAAGUAUGGAGAUGGACGAAGCCGCAUCCUGAAGAUUAACAGUAACAACGCCCUUGUACUGCAACGCCUUGAGCUGCCUUCUGACCUCAAGUACGUUCAGAUUGAAGCAACAGGAUUUGGAGUGGCAGUGUUGCAGGUCUCCUGGUCAUUCAACUUAGCGGUGUCUUCAGAAUCGCCCUCAUUCUUCUUAAAUCCCUUGCUGGACAAGACAUCAACUGAAAACUAUCUUCAGCUCAGUGUCUGUACACACUACCAAGGAGAAGGGGAUGCUAGUAACAUGGCUGUCAUGGAGGUGGCCUUGCCUUCGGGCUACCUCUUUGACUUUGACACCCUGAGCAGUAUCCACAGGACCAAGGAGGUGCGGCGAGUUGAGAGCCAAGAUGCUGACACAAAUGUGGUCAUCUACUUCGACAGGAUUGGAAGGGAAGAGCUGUGUGUCACUGUACCAGCUCAUAGGGAGCACAAAGUCGCCAACCAAAAGCCUGUUCCUGUCAAGGUCUACGACUACUACAAUUUGGCUCGCAGUGCCAGAAUGUUCUACAGUCCUCACAAAGCAACAUUGUGUGAUAUCUGCGAUGGUUCUGAGUGUGGAAAUGACUGCAAUACUGUGAAGCAGACGUCUGACUCUACUCAGCUGGAAAGAGAAUCUGAGCCAGAUGGAGCCAGUGGCAUCCACGCAUCACAUCUUUCAAUCACAGUCCUUGUCACCAUUGUGGCAUUCUUUCAGAGGUAGUGGCAUGGAAAAUUUAUGUUGCUGCUGGGCGAACUGCUUGAUAUACAUAGUGCUACAUCUCAUUUUGUACUGUUUUGUGACUUAAUCUCAUCACAAAGGCCUGCUCAGAUUUAUUUGGCUUGUUUUGGCACUCAUACUGUGGCAUCUGUGGUUUGAUUGUGUGCUUCUUUGUCAACCAGUGCAUUCUGUGCAGUGUAAAACACAUCAUUAUAUUGGUGUUCUUUGUGAUCCUGACAAUGAUCUGUUUUUAUCUGAAUUCUGUGUUUAUCUAUCAUGUGCAUGUUUUUGUGCUUGUGCAAGCAUUCCAAUCACUGCUUUAUAAAAUGUCUCUGUAAAGAUUUUAAGUGUGGAGCAUAUAGUUUCUGUAUUUCAUUUCUGUAGUUAUGUACAUCUAUAGAGAUCUACAGCUUCAAAAUGUUAUUUGUAGAUAGUACCUGUAUCGCAAAGGCAUACUGCUCAUGUAGGUGCAUCAUGAGAAGACUAAGAUUCCCUUCCCCAUUUAUCAUUUGUUGCUCCCCAUUCCCUUUGCUGCUGUGUAAAGGGGCAGGUCAGAGCGAGAAGUGGUGAGAUUCACUUCUGGCUGAGCUCUGCCUCAUUUUAAUCUGAAAUUUCCUUUACCCCUCUAUGUCCUACUUUGCUCUGCCCAUGCUGUUGCAAUGUUUGGGAGUAGCUGGUGGCAGAAUACAUGAUGCUGUAGCCUUGGAAUUUUUAAAAAGUAUUAAGACCUUAUUAUGUACCGCAUUUUGGCUUGAUACAUGAAAUUUAUAAGUUUAAUGUUCUAUCAGAAGUCAUUCUUUAAACAUUGAUGUGUAGGAUUUUGAACAUUGGUUUUGAAGUGUACUUCCUUUAAAACAUCUCAAUGGACCUUGUAAAUUAUGGUCAUCUUACCAGACACGUUCGCUUAAAGGGGCACUGCAACACUUUUUGAACAUGCUAUAAGAAAAUGUUUUCGAUCUGUAGACAAUGCUGCCAUGAACAUGCAAGCCAUAUAACUUGGCUGCAUGCAGUAGGUAAACCACAAUCCUGCAUAAAAGAUAGCUUGCUUUCACCUGUCAUUUACGAUGCCCUUUCCAUUAUGUCCCACCAAUAAAAUAAUAGACCUUCGAGACUGCCCGUUGAUGCCAGCCAUUCGUCAAUUGUUCAUGAUUAUUAAUUACUCCAGUGCUGCUUUGUCGCUCUCUGGCACCUUUGUCAGAUGCCAACCUUGAAGGGUUGCAUCAGUGCAUCGCCGAAAGAAGAGAAAGUAAGAAAGGAGCAAUAGGCAGGGUAUUGCUAUUCGUGUCACCCCAGCUGAGAGCAAACGUUUUGAGGGGAAUGAGGAAAGUAAACAUUGCACUCUUCACAUCUCUGUUGCUACUGGAUCCUUUUCAAAAAAUUCUAUGGGAAUAUAAUAAUUAAAAGGCAUUGCCCUCACGUCAUUGUGUUGUCAGUUUUAAAAAGUUAUUGCAGGGCUCCUUUAAUGGAAUGGCAUUGGAUACAAAAUAAAGUGCCUGAACUGUUCAGUUUAUCAGACAAUCCAUCUUACCAGCUUUCCCUUUUAAAGGAAGUAUAUGCUCUAUAUGUAGCAAAUGCUUUUGUGUUUAGUGUUAGUUUUAGCAAGGUUAAUGAAAUGGUAAUCAAAAACUUUAGUGUAAGACUCAUAUGAUGUGUUAUGUACUCUGUCACUUCAGGCUCUCAUUAUAAAGUGUCUUAGCUACUGGGUUGCACAUUUUCCUGCUAAUAAAACUUUAGUGCAGGCACGAAAUUAGCCAUAUUGGAUACUAAUUGAGAAUACAUGCCGAGGCCAGCUACUGGGGAAUGUCAGUUUCCAGUAUUGUGCAAAAAUGAUCGUACAACAAAGCCCAGUGGUACGCUCUUUUGUUAAAAAUUUUGAAAUGUUGGAAUAGUAGUGGCUGUUUUAAGGAUGCAAUAUAUUGCACUGGGGAUACUUUGAGGCAUUGAGUGCAAAGUUUUGGUGCCACUUACCAUCUGUAAAUGACAAUACAGGACAUGUUAGGUGUGCAAAAAAUGUUGGUGCGAGGUAUUUGGGGGGAAUCGUAAGGCUGGCAAAAUUUGGUUCCCAUGUCAUGGUGACAGUUAUAAAGGCAUAAUGUAGCAAUGCUACUUUUAUGGUAGAACUGAUGACAAGGUUAUUUUUUUAUUGUGAUUAAGCAUUCUAAGACAGAAUAAAAUAUUUCACACCAUAAAUAUGGAUCACAAGAAGCUCUAUAGUUGGCAAAGCGUAAAUGUCGAUGGGAGACAUGCUUCUCCAAGACAUGUUACGAAGCUAUAUUUGGCUUGUUUUCUUGCUCUCUCGACCUAACAAAGCUUCGAGGUUCCACCUUGUGCUUAAUUGUGAACACUAUUUAGAUCAAGGAACUUGCAUCUGCACUGUGCUCAUUUACUUUGAAAAUUGGUGCUUCAAUUUAAAUUUGCAGUGUCAUGAAAGGCAAGUGCUCCAUGUCUGCAGCACCUGAAAAGCACUUCACCAUUCUAAAUCUUGCCCGAGAAAAAAAACGAAAAAUGACCUCCUGUGCCACUAAAACCGGUAGUUAAUCUAUUAAUAGUACACCAUUUUGCAUCAGUACAACUUGAAUCUUGGAAAGUUAAGGUUUAGUUUCCAAUCAAGUUUAGUUUCAGACGUGCUCUCUUUAAUGCCGAUAUUUAGGUAGGUAUGUACAUACCUAUACAACAGAAGUCUUGGAAGGUACUUUCGCAAGCCAAUGUUCAGAGAUCAUGGCAGCGGCAAAAUAUUUUUGUCAUUGCUGCACUGCUUGGAAUUGGGACAUGUGCUGCAUUGGUUGAACACACACGUGUAUGUGCCACUUGAUUUCAGGCUGCUUGUCUAGGUUGUGCAGUAAGGUUUUCUGUGAUGCCGAUGCUCUCCAAACUAUUGUUUAUUGAGCUUACAUUGCUCUCAUGCUGUGCCCUACCUACCGGGGUGCCAGAAAAAUAUCACCCUUCAGGAAUGCAUUAAUGUUCCUGGGUGGUGGACUUAAGGUCAGUUUGGAUGCCACAGUAAACAUUUAAGACAAUUUUUUGGGGUUAUGUGAGUAUUGUAUGAAGAUUGCACUUUGCAUAGGCAUAUGAUCUAUUGUAAUGAUGUGCUGAUGGUAAACCCAUAAUGCAAUUCCCAAAUCAUAAUUAUUAAUAGCUGGGGUUGAGUGUGUCAGAAAUUCAGUGCAAGACGUGUGUAGAUAACGCAGUCCUGGGCAUUAUUAUAGGGUUAUUGCGGCUCUUGAAACCACUUUUAAAGGAGUCUUCAUUGGCUGUUGCAUGCCAUUCGAACUCCCUGCAUCACUGUAGCUGACCUCUGCAGUGCACUUAGAUGAUUAAGAUGUGCUUGGCUUCAGCCAGCAUUCCUGUAUUUAGGACCUUGUUAGCUUGGGUAGUGUCAGAUAACAGCUUAUAUAGUGUAUUGGGAAAACAUAUUCACUGAUGGUAGUACUUCUGACAAAUUAUCCCUAACACUGGUGAAAAAAAAAAAAAAAAUUCCCUCAUUGCUGUCCCUGGUUUACCCUAAGAGUGGGAUGAUUUACAUAAUUUUAGUGGUGUUUUAUUACCCAUAGCUUUAGUGGUUUUAAUGCCCUCAUUUUCUGGUAUGUUCAAGUGGCUUAUAAUAGAAGUUACCCAAAGCUUUUAACUUUUGAAACUUUUGGAAGCUACUAUGAACCUCAUUAAGAAUACAGCAAGAAAGGAAAGUUCUGGUUGCUAGAAUGUUAAGUCCAGUUGCAUUUGCAUGCUGUGAAGCAUUGUCAUUAGUUGUGCUUGUUCCUUAUUAUAAAUGUGCCUCCAUAUGUCACUUUAGCUACUUUCUAUAUUUAACGGAAUUUAAAGGACUUGCGCAGGAGUUUCUUUCAAGCUACUUGUUUUGUAAAUGGAUCCUUAUGACUUGCAUUUUCCUUGUCUGCUGUAUGUUGCUUGAACAACUAGAUUCUUUUUUUACACAAGCUGUAGGAAUGUGCUAACUACAGUAGGAAAUUAAAUGUUGGUUCUUGUUAAUUUGGUCUGUCCUAAACUACCUGGAGUUUUGUUUGUGGUAAUGUUUUGCAUAGUACAGCACAAUCUUCUGUCAGCAACUGGAUGCAAUGGUUUAUCCUAUAUAUGCUGGUACAUAUUUGAAAUAUUGCAUGCAGUUGUUUGACAAGUGUACAUACAUUUUUAUGACUGGUCUUUAUAUUCUGCUGCAGUGCAGUUCUCAACUGGAUAUACGGCGUCUCUUUAAUAUGACUUCUACUGGUGUUUGUACAUAACAUAUUUUUAUGUAGCUGUUCAGAGCCUGUUGUGCACAUAAAUUGCUGUGUUGUAGCAUUCGCUAUAAUAAUACUGUGAUGCUGAACUCUGUGUGUUUAGUGAUGGUCUUUCUGCAAUGCAGAGUCUGUGCAAGAGAGAUUAUAUAUGUGUAAAAGCAGUUUGCAGCUAUGUGUGCCACACAGAUUGUGAUCUUUUCCUCAUCUUAUUGUUGUUUUGCUGAAGCUCCUUUUAAGCAUUAACCAAGACUGUUGGUUAGAACCAACUACAUGACCUAUUUUAUUGCCUUUGACUUGCCUUGUUCUCUCCACCAUAUUUAUUUUCCAGUCAACUUGCCUUUGAGUCUUGCAGAUCCUGUUGUAAAGUGCACAUACCAAUGUAUGCAUAUAUUGCAGUAAAAGCUCCCAUGCUUGAGCACUCAGGAAA